AUGGGCCCCAGCCCCCACGGCUCCCCUGGUGUGAGCUCCAACAUGGGCUCCAGCCCCCACGGCUCCCCCGGCGUGAGCUCCCCCGUGGGCUCCAGCCCCCACGGCUCCCCCGGUGUGAGCUCCAACAUGGGCUCCAGCCCCCACGGCUCCCCCGGCGUGAGCUCCCCCGUGGGCUCCAGCCCCCACGGCUCCCCCGGUGUGAGCUCCAACAUGGGCCCCAGCCCCCACGGCUCCCCCGGUGUGAGCUCCCCCAUGGGCUCCAGCCCCCACGGCUCCCCCGGCGUGAGCUCCCACGUGGGCCCCAGCCCCCACGGCUCCCCCGGCGUGAGCUCCCACGUGGGCCCCAGCCCCCACGGCUCCCCCGGCGUGAGCUCCCACGUGAGCUCCAGCCCCCAUGGCUCCCCCGGUGUGAGCUCCGACAUGGGCUCCAGCCCCCACGGCUGCCCCGGCGUGAGCUCCCACGUGGGCCCCAGCCCCCACGGCUGCCCCGGCGUGAGCUCCCACGUGGGCCCCAGCCGCCACGGCUCCCCCGGCGUGAGCUCCCACGAGGGCUCCAGCCCCCACGGCUCCCCCGGCGUGAGCUCCCACGAGGGCUCCAGCCCCCACGGCUCCCCCGGCGUGAGCUCCCCCGUGGGCUCCAGCCCCCACGGCUCCCCCGGUGUGAGCUCCCCCGUGGGCUCCAGCCCCCACGGCUCCCCCGGUGUGAGCUCCCGCGUGGGCCCCAGCCCCCACGGCUCCCCCGGUGUGAGCUCCCGCGUGGGCCCCAGCCCCCACGGCUCCCCCGGUGUGAGCUCCCGCGUGGGCCCCAGCCCCCACGGCUCCCCUGGUGUGAGCUCCCGCGUGGGCUCCAGCCCCCACGGCUCCCCUGGUUUCUUGAGAAUCGCUCACGUUCAUCUCUCACAGCAGCGGAUGCCUCUCAGGAGCUCAGGCCCCUCCUCAAUCCCCGUGCCGGGUGGUUAA